AUGUCUGUGAUGCAAUCAACUAGUAAUGGUAAGAAUCUGGAGUUAGCUUGUCAAAGCUGCAGGAAGAGGAGAAGGAAAUGCGAUCUGCAAAUGCCAUGUCAAAACUGUCAGAAAUUUGGGGUAGAGUGCGUUCCGGUGCGUCAGGACAUGCGUAAGAGGCGGUUUACAACUGAAUAUGUAACUUCACUGCAAGGAAAAGUGUCAUUAUUAGAGGGUUAUUUGGUUAGGUUGAAGGAGAUAAAGGACGAGAACGAACGCUCAAGGUUGCUGGCGUCAAUAAAUGUGGGUGAAAUUACAUCGGGCGAAUCUGCAACAGUGGACGCUAUGCUAUCGAGGCAGUCAAGCUAUAUGGGAGCUAGCAACAGUGAUGAAGCGGAAGAACUUGAAACUAAAGUAACAACUAUAUCUCCAUCGCCGAUUCAGGGUUUGUCUUCACAUAAGAAAGUGGUUACGUCGUCAAUAUAUUCAAGCGAUUCAUUGACAAUCCAAAAGAGACCGCCGAUCAUGCCUAUAGGGGAUAAUUUUGAUCCAGUAAAUAACCUAAAGAAUCUUUCAAGGAGUCCUCUUAUAUUACGUGCGUUGUCAUUAUUCUUCAAAUGGCUGUACCCCGGACAUUAUACUUUUAUUCAUAGAGAGACAUUUUUAAGUGCUUUCUUUGGUGAUAUUAAUACCAAGAGUUACUACUGCUCGGAGGAAUUAGUCUUUGCAAUAGCAGCAUUAGGAGCUGGCCUCUCGUCUAGGGAAGAUGACCUACAUGCGAAAUCAGCGGACUAUUACAACCUUGCAAAAACUAAAGUCCUGAAUAAAAUAUUCCAGCUAGAUACGCCAUCCUAUAUGACAACUUAUAGCUCUUCAUCAAAGUUGGCAGUUGUUCAGACACUACUUUGUUUGGCUUUCUAUGAUAUUGGAUGUGGAGAGAAUCCAUUAGCCUGGUAUGAAUCAGGGUUGGCUUUUAGGAUGGCCCAUGAAAUCGGUUUACACCUUAACCAUGAAGCAUGGGAUAGUGUGUAUGCGGACAAAUUAUCUAACAUGGACAUUGAGGUUAGAAGCAGGAUAUACUGGGGCUGCUAUAUUGCAGACCAUUUGAUUGCGGUUUUGUUUGGAAGAUCACAUUCGCUACGUUUAUCAAACUCUACAAUUCCCGAAACUGAUGAGCUGCCCAAUAUUGACACUGGAAUAGAAGAUUAUCAAUAUGAACCGGGAGUCUCUUUACACAUGGGUAGACCUUUAAAAAAGCUAAUAGUCUUGUCAAGAAUAACGGAAGUCUUUGCUUCCAAGAUCUUUAUAGAAUCAGGCUCCAUGGUUCAAAAGAACGAAUACCUAAGGAAGUUUAAUUCAGAGAUUCUUAACUGGAGGGGUUCAUUAAUGGAUGACUUUAAAUGGACUAAAGAGUCUAUUAAGGACUUUGAUUACGAUCCUACAAUUACCUAUCUAUGGUACCAUUACUAUAUCAUUCUACUUUCCUAUAACAAACCUUUCUUAGAGGAGGUAAAGAAAAGCAGAUUAAUAAUUGAGGAUGCCAUCGAAGAGAUAUAUUUACUUCUUGAGUCAUUCAAGAAAAAGUUCAACAAGUUUGAAACAUGUAGCAUUUAUAUGGUUUACUCUGCAAUUCUUUCAAUUCAAUGCUUAAAAAGUGAAACCAUAAAAAAGACUUACCUAAAUGAAUUUAUGGAAUUCUUGGGGUCUCCAACUUUGAAUUAUGACCUGGCAAAGAAGCUAUUAGAUAGCGAGAUCAGUCUAAAUGAUGGUGUUGAACUACUGGGUACACUGGCCAACGGGAACGAUUUUGCGUUUGAGUAUAAUUUUGACUUCACAUUACUAAACGAGAUUGAUACUUUGAUUGGUGGUAAUGUUGGCGCGAAGCGUUCUUAA